UCAACCUUGUUUAGCAUUUGAACCAAAUUCAAGGUAUCCAAGGAAACCUGGAAUUCUUUUCCAGGCAUUUUUCCAAAACAUGGAAUCCCAGGACUGGACGACAAAAUGAACAAGAUCUUCUAAAACCAGUUUGAAUAGCUUAACCGCUGUUUUGUUAAAUAAAAAUAUUUCCGAGCACUAGAAAACGGAUUAAUCAAAUUGAUUCAAUGAGUUAAUAGCGUGAUUGGCUCUUCAAACACAUCAAAUUACUGAAACCAGUCAUAAGUUAUCUGUCAUUUAUGUUGCCAAGAUACCCGCAGAGAUUGAACGUUCUUUUCUAGUUGCCCAGCAUUGGACGCCAAACAGUAACUGAAACAGCUGCCAGCGACCUGCUUCCCAAAUCACAGCGAAACCAAACAAUGGAGGAGGGUGUAUUUCAGGUCGUUUGCCUCUUGUCGGUUGCCAUGGGCUUAGGCGCUGGAUUUCUGCUGAGGUUUAUGAUGUAUUUAAGAGACGAUCAAGUAAAAUGGAUAAAAAUACCAGGGGAUAUACUUAUCAACAUUCUUCAGAUGUUUGCUGUACCCCUCAUUGUGACAAGUGUCCUUGCAGGAGUGACUGGAUUAAACACCAAAAUGUCCAAAAAAACAGCCGUAUUCACAGGAACCUUCAUCUGUGGCACUACUUUUUUGGCCACAAUUCUUGGACUGUUUCUGGUGCUCACAAUCCAGCCUGGUAUGGGAGAUCUCAUAUUACAGGAGAACACGAAAGAAAUGCCACACUUCUCCAUUCAUGUGAUUCUCAUGGAUCUUUUAAGGAACAUGUUUCCAGAGAGCUUCGUUCAGGCUUUCUAUGAGCAGUACAAGACUGAGAUUGUUUACAAGAAAAAAAGUGUUUCUGGCCAUCCCCCAUUAAAUGACAGUGACAUUCAACUGGUGGGCACUUAUGUUGAUGGACCCAACAUGUUAGGACUGAUCAUCUGGUCUUUCACCUUCGGCAUCUUGAUAAACAGGGUGGGACAGGUGGCAACAAGCACUGUGAAGGCCAUUCAAAGCCUCAAUGACGCAAUAAAAAUCAUAUUUAACUGGAUUAUGUGGUACUUGCCAAUUGGAGUUUUUUUCCUGAUUUUAGAAAAUGUGUUGGAUGUUGAUGACUGGAGCGCUGUCAUUAAACUCGCAAAACUUUCAGCCGUGAUUUGUCUGGGGCUAAUAAUCCAUUCCUUGAUUAUUCUUCCCGUGGUUUUCUUCGCGCUUGUCAGAAAGAAUCCCUUUCUCAUCCUAAAGAAUACCUCUAAGGCUUGGAUGACUGGAUUUAUCAUUGCGUCCAGCACUGCCAGUAUGCCUGUCAUCCUUCAAUGCUGUGAAGAGAACCUAUUGGUCAAUGGGAAACUCUGCCGUCUCAUGUUGCCCAUUCUCAUCAGUAUUAAUAUGAAUGGGACCGCGAUCUACGAAGUGAUCGCUGCUGUCUUUAUUGCCCAGAUGAAUGACAUCACGCUGGAUGCUGGCCAGAUAAUUGCUGUUGGCCUGACUACUUCCAUUGUCACAUUUGGAGCUGCAGGAAUCCCAGCAACAGGAGCUGUGAUCACUAUCCUGAUUCUGACAGCUGUGGGACUGCCUGCCAGGGACGCUGCCAUGCUGGUCGUAGUGGAAUGGGUUCUAGAUCAUAUCCUCACCGGGGUGAAUAUAAUAGGAGACUGCUUUGGUGUUGUUAUCAUCAAUUUUAUGUGCCAGGAUGAGCUGAAGCACCUGGACAAACCAGCAAGCAUUGACAAGGUCCGUCCCACUAGUGAGCUCGAGUUGGACUUAACCUGUUUGGAGGCCGAUCUACAGCUCAACCCGUCUCGUGCCGCCUCCCCUUCAGGAUCCAUUUCACCGAAGUGAAGGAUCAUCUCAGCACCACAUUAACUCUGAUAUAUUAAAACCUCAGGACAGGGAUGCCACCAUCGUUGGAUGUCUGAGCUGAUCAUUUUCUUGUUUGUGUAUAAUUAUUUCUAAUACAAUUGUGCCUUAUCAGUUUAUUGAUCUGUAUUUAGUUUCUAUUUUGUUUCUGUUUUUGCUAUUUUUAAGUGAUCUCUAUUCCAAAUGUAUUGCUCUUCAUGAACAACAUAAUAAGUUGUUCAUUAUUGUUGUGUUUGAAGAUAAUUUGCUGUUGCAGAUUUAUUAUUUUUGCUUUUGAAAGUUUACUAUGUAUUGUCUUUUUUGUUUUUCUAAAUUUGUUCUUUCUACUUGUAAGAUACAAGUAGGACAGAAAUAUUUCUCCAGCAUUUCCUCACUCAUGAGCUGCCACAGUUCCUCAUCUUCUGUAAUUGGUUUUCUCCCACUUCUGAAUUCUCAGUUUUUUUACCAAUAAUUGGUCUUGACCUGUUACUUUAUUUAGUUACACAGAUAAUUUAAUGGUGUGUCUGUAGUAGUUGAAUGCUCAUCUUUCUGUUUUUAACCUCUGUAACUUUGCAUUUUACUUGAGUGUAUGACCAGUGCUCAAUAUACAAGUUGAUUGAUACAAUACUUUGUGAAUGUAAUCCUUUAUGUUGUAUGA